GACGUAACGUGGCUGCUCCACCCCCUUUUACGUGCACUUUAAAGAAGAACAGUGCCAACGCGUACUCCUCAACUCAGGAUAAACUGGUGAACGCAAGCAGAAAUCACUGCAGACUUGGGAGAAUAUGCAGCUGCUCUUUUUAGGGACACUUGCCCUGUUUGUUGGGGUCACAGUUGCUGUGCCUGCGCAGGAGAAACGUGUACAUCAUAAGCCUGACCUCAGUGACCAUGUUCAUGAUGAUGCCCAUGGAUACCAGUAUGACCACGAGGCCUUCCUGGGCAAAGAGGAAGCCAAGACCUUUGACCAGCUAAGCCCUGAGGAGAGCAAAGAGAGACUAGGAAAGAUUGUGGAUAGGAUUGACACUGAUAAGGAUGGCUUCAUCAGUCAUGCUGAGCUACACCACUGGAUCAAGCACAGGCAGAGGAGGUACAUCGAGGAGAAUGUGGACAAGCACUGGAAAGAGUAUGACCAGAACAAGGACGGGAAGAUUGGCUGGAUCGAGUACAAAAACACCACCUACGGAUAUUACAUGGAUACGGAGUUUGAUGAUGUGGAUGAUAAGGCGAGUUACAAAGCCAUGCUCACUAGAGAUGAAAGACGGUUCAAGUCCGCAGACCGGGACGGAGACGGUGUUGCUACCAGAGAAGAGUUCACUGCCUUCCUCCAUCCAGAGGAGUUUGACCACAUGAGGGACAUUGUGAUACAGGAAACUAUUGAAGACAUUGACAAGAAUGGUGAUGGCAAGAUUGAUCUGCAGGAAUACAUUGGGGACAUGUUCACUUCUGAAAAUGGAGAGGAUGAACCAGAUUGGGUCACAACAGAAAAGAAACACUUUUCAGAGUUCAGAGACAUGAACAAGGAUGGUUUCCUUGAUGCCAGUGAAGUGUCUCAUUGGAUCCUCCCUGGAGAGGUUGACCAUGCAGACAAUGAGGCCCGGCAUCUCAUUCAUGAAACCGAUCAAGACAACGAUGACAAAAUCACAAAGAAGGAGAUUCUGGCAAACUGGAACAUGUUUGUCGGGAGCCAAGCGACUAAUUACGGAGAAGAUCUCACCAAAAGACACGAUGAACUUUAAUGCUGGCAUAUCUGGGUACAGGGGAGGGCAAUAUAUUUGGGGUGUACGCGAGAAGAUAGGAAACUGAAUAUGAAAAUAAAAGCAAAUUGGAUAGGAACAUUUCCAGAGUCAAAAGUCAGGGGUUAGGCUUCAGUGAAGAUAGGCAUUUUAGUGAGACAGAUAAAAGUUUUAUUUAUUGUCAAAAACAUUUCAUCCUUUGAAACAAAAUCAUAAGGAACACUCACAUUCCUUAUGAACACACACUCCAGCUUGCUAAUUGUGAGGAAAUGGACUGAUAUCUUCCACUUGAGAGAUGCUCAGGAAUUCAGCACUGAAUACAGGCACAGUUGUAUCAGUAUUCAAAAUAACAGCCAUGUUUUGACUGUUACAAAGUAAAUUUCAGAGUUUUAAAUUUUAGUGGUCGGUGAUUUCACAUUCAACAUAUCACUAACAUGAAUAGAGGCAUAGCUGAGGAGAAAUGAAGCCAGAGGGAGGGAAAGAGGGCCAGGGACUCAACAGAUGGGAGGAGACAAAAGUGAUUGACACUGUAUUGGUGGGACAUUUUUCUCUCUGUGAAUUCUAAAUAAAGCCAUGUUGGUUUUUUUAAUUGUGGACUGGGGUUUAAUUUCAGAGUUCUCAUAAAGACAUUAGAUUGCAUUCUGAUAAGAGGUCUAAUUGUUAAUCACAGAAGCUAUAUAUACACAUAUACAUAAAUACUCAGUCACCAUCUUGCUCAGCUAAAUCAUUCUUUGUCCUUUGCGUUUUCCAAAAUGUGUCUG